CUGGAAGCCGGCAGGCUGGCUGGGAGGGACUUUGUGGACACAGGCGGCAACAAGUCCAAGUUUAUCAAGUCCAAGAAAGCGGCGUGUAGCAGCUCCAAGCAAACUUUUUUUUAUCUAUAUAUUUAUAUUUCAGGAUGCUGUUUCACUUCAAGCAGUGACUGUGACAAUGACGCGCGCCAAAGUCGAUCUGUGGGAAGUUUCUAUUACGCAUGGCGCAGCACAGGAUGCCUUGAAGACUUUGUGUGAAACUUUGUGUCACGUCGCUGCUUCUCUGCUUCAAAACCGGUAGAGUCAGUAAUUUGCUGCUUUUGGACAAGACGGAGCGAAAUCUGGACCGCGGCUCCACAGGCUGGACUUGAAACCGAGCCCAUGUGAAAUGGUCCCGACCUGGAACACAUGCUGGGAGGACAUCACUUGACAGAUGAGCGUGAGAACAAUCACAGUCCAGCAUGAGGAGUCUGGUUAUACUGUGCGCCAUGGUCGGGCUGUGGGGGUCCUGCGUGGCCAACAGAAACUGUCCAGACCUGAUUGUGGACAGCUGUCACUGUUCGGCCGAGAGGUCCAAAGAACUGAGCAGGCAGCACGUCCGAGUCAAAGUUGUUUGUGAUGAUGUGGACCUGUUGGAGACACUGCAUCCAAGCUUCCUACCUAACAGAACCGUCUCCUUAAAUCUGAGUAACAACAAGAUCUCUGUGCUGAGGAACGGCUCCUUCUAUGGCUUGGCAGCGCUGGAAAAACUGGAUCUGAGGAAUAAUCUGAUAAGCACAGUGGAGCCCUGGGCCUUCCGUGGUCUGCUGGCUCUGAGGAGACUAGACCUGUCCAACAAUAGGAUUGGUUGCCUUUCCCCUGAAAUGUUUCUGGAUUUGGGCAGCCUUUUAAAAUUGAAUUUAUCAGGGAAUAUCUUCUCAACUUUAACGGUGGGACUUUUCACACAGCUCAUCGUUCUGAGAGUACUACACUUCAGUACGGAAACGUUGUUCUGUGACUGUCAGCUGAAGUGGCUGCUCCUCUGGGCUCGAAGCAACUCGGUGAGGAUUGGCAAUGACACGGUGUGCAUGUUUCCAACCCACCUCCAUGGUCUGGAGUUCCGUAAUCUACGUCAACAGCAGCUCACUUGUGAUGGAGCUCUGGAGAUCCCCCUCUUUCAAUUGAUCCCUUCCCAGAGGCAGCUGGUUUUCCAGGGAGACCGUCUGCCUCUUCAGUGCACCGCCACUUACCUGGAUCCUUCAGUUGAGCUGCAGUGGCACCACAAUGGCCGCAUUGUGACCACGCAAGAGGACCAAGGCGUGUAUGUGGAGGAGACCUUGCUUCACGACUGUUGUCUCCUCACAAGUGAGGUCAUCCUAGCGAACAUCGAUGUGGGCCUUGCUGGUACGUGGGAGUGCCUGGUCACCAGUUCCCGUGGCAACAGUUCUCAGCAAAUGGACAUAGUUGUUGUGGAGACAUCUGCGCCAUAUUGCCCUGCUGAUCGAGUCAUCAACAACAAGGGGGAGUUCAGGUGGCCAAAGACUCUCGGAGGCAUCCUGGCCUUCCUGCCUUGUGCUCCUGCCACCUUCGGCUCUGUUCCUCACCCCUCAGGGAGCAUUCCUCGUUCCUCCAGCCAUAGGGAGAAGAAGGCUUGGCGCCGCUGUGACCGCACUGGACGUUGGGACGCUGAAGACUACACUCAGUGUCCUUAUGCCAGUGAACUCACUCGUGUGCUACAUGAGCUCACUCAGAUAACCAUCAACACCACCAAUGCCCAACCUUUGGGGCAGCAGUUAGUGGCCUUCACCAGCAGAGCAGCUCACUUCUCUGACGUCAUGGAUGUCAUCUUUGUCACACACCUUGUGGAGAGACUGACCAGACUGGUUGAGAAGCACAAGGACCUGGGGGACUAUAUUUCAGACAUAGCCAGCAACAUGAUGCUGGUAGAGGAGCAUAUCCUGUGGAUGGCUCAGAAUGAAGCCAGGGCGUGCACUCGGAUCGUUCAGUGUGUAGAGCGCAUUGCUGAUCUGGCACUGAGUGGGGACAAUCGGGCUAUUUCCAAGGUGUCUGCUAACAUCGCUCUGGAGGCCUUUCUGAUCCGACCCUCCAACUUUCUCGGCUUGUCAUGCACGGCACACCAACAGCCCCCGUUGUCUGGAGCAUCACCUCUACCGGUUAGCCACACCCCCAAGGAGAAGGAUUCGAGCAGAGAACAUGACACUAUGGGUGAAUCGUUCCUCAACUUUAAAUGUGACACACUCAAUCGUGGAUCACCGGCCAGUCAGCUCAGCAAGAACUCAGUGGCAGUCGCCUCCAUCCAUUUACCUCUUGCUGCUCCGCACACCUCCUCCUCUGCCUGGCAAUCUGUUGAUAACUCCACUUGCAGGCUGCAGUUUAUCGUCUUCCGCAAUGGCAAACUCUUCCCGUGCACGGGGAAUUCAUCCAAUCUGGCAGACGAUGGGAAGCGCAGGAGCGUCGCAACACCAGUUGCUUUCACCAAAUUAGAUGGCUGCAGCCUGGGGAGCGUUGUUCACUCCGUCACUAUUGCACUCAGGCACUUUGCAUUGGGGGUAGAACCCACCGCAGCCUAUUGGGACUUUGACCUGCUGGAUGGACAUGGUGGCUGGAGGGCAGAGGGCUGCCACAUAACAGGCUCCGGGGGCAACACGACCACUAUUCACUGCACCCACCUUAAUAACUUUGCUGUGCUCAUGGAUCUGAAGAAGGUGCUGUCUUUCCCCCCAUACCCUGUGGAGUUUUUGCACCCGGUUGUGUAUGCCUGUACGGCAGUCAUGUUGCUCUGCCUCUUUGCUUCCAUCAUCACCUAUAUAGUGCAUCACAGUGCAAUCCGCAUCAGUCGGAAGGGAUGGCAUAUACUUCUCAACUUCUGCUUCCAUACAGCUCUGACCUUCGCUGUGUUUGCCGGUGGCAUCAAUCGAAUCAAAUACCCCAUCAUCUGUCAAGCAGUCGGGGUUGUGCUGCACUACUCGUCUCUGGCAACCAUGCUGUGGCUGGGGGUGACUGCGAGGAACAUUUAUAAGCAGGUGACGAAGAAGCCCCCACAGAGCCAAGAUGGUGACCCACCCCGUCCCCCUAAACAACCACUGUUGAGAUUUUAUUUAGUCAGUGGUGGAGUGCCCCUCAUCAUCUGUGGGGUCACAGCAGCUGUCAAUAUAGACAAUUAUGGCAGCGGGGAGCAAGCACUAUACUGUUGGAUGGCAUGGGAGCCCAGCCUGGGAGCUUUCUUCGGCCCAGUGGCCCUCAUCUUCCUGGUGACAUGCAUUUACUUCCUCUGUACCUUUAUGCAGCUGCGGCGCCACCCUGAAAAGAAGUAUGAGCUCAAACAGUUGACAGAAGAGCAGCAGAGGUUGGCGUCCAUCGACGUGCCAACUCACUGCCAGCAGUCCGCUGAGCCUGGCACCCUGACAGCCCAACCCACUGGGAGCCACUGCCCUGCCGGCUGCCCGGGUGUGCCAAUUAAUCCCGCCCUGCUAGCCAAUGAGCACUCCUUCAAGGCCCAAUUACGCACAGCGGCCUUCACUCUUUUCUUGUUUCUGGCCACCUGGACUUUUGGGGCACUGGCUGUUUCACAGGGUCAUUUCCUGGACAUGAUCUUCAGUUGCCUGUACGGUGCCUUCUCUGUCACCCUUGGCCUCUUCAUCCUCAUCCAUCACUGUGCCAAGCGGGACGAUGUCUGGCAUUGCUGGUGUUCUUGUUGUCCGGGACGACGGGCCAAUGCCUGCUCUGGUGCCCAUGGACAGGGCCAAGUUCCGCCCAAAGUCAACGUGAAUGGAGAUACACCCGCGCAUGGCCAUGGUCACAGCCACUGCCACCAUGAUUCACCAUGCAAAGCAGUGAUGAGCUGCAGUCAUGGCAGUGUCAGUCACUGUAAACACGCUGCCCUUCCAUCCUCACAAAAUCAUGUAACAUGUCUGACCCCUGUGACUCCAUGUUGCGCUGCCCUGCACAGCCAACAGCUAAUGGAGGAGGAACCUACAGCUACACAUGUGCUGCUGCAUGCUGAUCCAGAGAGUUACCGGCCAGGGAUCCAAUUGCACCCCUGCUUGAAGAACAGCACCAGGACUAAAGGCCGAAACUUCAGCCGCCGGUCUGGUGCCAGUGUUUGUGGUGCCGGGAAUGAGAGAGAAUACGCCUAUCAUAUUCCUUCCAAUGUCGAUGGAGGCAGUGUACACAGCUCACACACUGACAGCCCUCACAGCACUCAUGAGCGUCACACCCACACUUGUCCGCAUCUGGUCCACGAGGGCCUCCAUCACACAUGUCAUGCGGCGGCAGCAACUGCACACGAGGCCCUUGCAUGUCAUAAUCCCUGCCAUCGGCAUAUGUGCUGCGCCAAGGCGGACCUUUUCCCUUCUCUGUGCCCUGCAGAGGCAGCUGACACAGGCGUGUUCCUGUGUGGCUGCAGCAAAGUGGCAGAGGAGGAGCCGAUCACGCAUCACCAUAUGGAAAUGCACGGGCCACGCAGACAAUCUUACCCCCAGAACCCACCCAAUCAGAAUGGGAUUCUUAAGGGUGCCAUGCAUGAGGGACUCCUUUACACCUCAGACAGCACAGGGAAUAUACGCACUGGACCCUGGAAGAAUGAAACUACUGUGUAGUCUGGCGUGGUUCAGGGGCGGCUCACUUCAUAUGACUUGUCUCCCUUUCAAGAAAAUUGAAGACCAUCAUAAAUAUUUCAGUGUGGGAUAACGUCCGCAUACUUGUUAGUGCUGUUUUACUGGACAGAAAUCUGAUACCAUAUAAUACAUUCUCACAUACACAAAACAUAAUCUUUUCCAUGAACAUAAAUAUGUGCAACAUGUGAAACGAUACAGUACAAGAUUUCCACUGUUUCUAAUCACGACAGAUCUCUCUAUGUAUAAAAGAAAAUGAAUGACCAUGUGUAUGAAUAUGUGUGUUAGUGCUCAAAGGUAACAAGCUGCAAGAUUUUUUUGACACUUCAAGUUUGAAUCCAUCCAACAGUUUAUGACGAAAUUAAACAAAACCAAAUGUUUGAGGAAAAUAAACCAGCAAUUCUAGAUCUCAUGGGUUUCCUUGCCAUCCAGUCAACAAGAUGUGAAUAUGCACCCAUGACAUGAGAAACAUCAUUAUGCUGCGUGUAUGAUGUUCUCACCAUUUGUUUUUUUCUUCCUGAAAGAGGCGAUCAACAACAGCAGAACGUGACUAUUGCGAAGAGUUUGUUUUACUGAAUCACUGGACCACUAACAUCACUAAAAAAUAAUAAGUCUCACCAAGCACAUGCCAGAACUGAGGUAACACAUUCUUCUUUAUGGAGUGUUUUGUCAUUCAUUGCUAUUACAAAAGUGCCAAAGCAUGCAGGCUUUGUUCAAUCCAACCAUUACUUGCUGCUCCAACACUGUAAAUUAAGGGUUCGAGUUAAAGCCUGAGCUUUUGGGGUGUCUAUAAAAUUUUAAAGGAAAACGGCACUUUUUUUUUUUAAAUUUUGCCCAUCAUCCACAAUCCAACACACGCCUUUCCCUUUUCUGUGCAUUCUAGAUAGCUGCCUUGUGCUGACAGAUUUGCACUAACAAUGCGCUUAGUUAGGAUUCACCUAUUCCGCCUAUAAAGCCCUCUAAAAAAAACCUUCAACAUGUUAUCAUUCUAUAUAUAUACUGUAACCCUGUAGUAACAGGCACAUUCAUGAUAACAUAAUUUACAGUCUAACUUACUGUAUUUUUGUCAUUGAUUUCACAGAGCAUGUAGCAAAUAACGCCACUUCUGUCAACAACAACAGCACGUUCUGUAAUUCCUAUGGCAGACUUCAUGAGAGUUUCUGCCGCCGACGGCUACUUUGGACAAAUGAAGAUACAGAACCUUAUUUUUUUGAGCCUGACUAUAUGGAGAAUGAGCUGCAGGUUUGAGACACCGAGUAGACAAGAAGAGAGGCUGGAAGGACAGAGUAGAAGGGGGCUUAGAGAGUAAGGACUGGCAUGACUUGGUGGUGUAAAUGUGGAUCUUCCCAAGCCAUGCCAACACAAAUCCAGUGUUCCUGCAGCACACAAUGUUAGCAUUGAUGGAAAGGAUUUGUGUAUCUGGCGAGGAGGACACUGCUCCAAGAGACCUCAUUACAGCGAGGGAAGAAUUGUUAGCACGAACAAACCCCGCAGUGGUAGACAGGUGGUAGAAAGUUUUUCCACCUACCCAAAAUCAACUGGAAAGACGUUCCAGGCCAGCUGGACCGUCCAUCGAUUAAGUCACCAUGAUACUGAUUCUGAUACAUGCAGCACAUGGUGCUUGAUAUCAUAACUAUGUACCUAGUCUAUCUACACCAGAAAAGUGUUAGCUCCUACAUUAACAAUGUUGCCGUAGGUUGGUAAAUAUGCAGGUCACGACAUGUAGAUGGAGCAUUUUUAGAGGUUUUUUUUUUUUAGAAGGCUUUGUAGGCAAAAUAAGUGAAUCCUAAUUGCAUUCUUAGUGAAAAACUGCCAACAGAGAAUGCACAGAAAAGGGAAAGACGUGUGUUCAUGUGUCACAUAGAGAUUGUGGAUGAUGGGCAAAAUUCCAAAAGAAGUACUGUUAACUUUACAUGAAAAAGUCUCAUUCACAUAAAUAGUAUUUUUUUUACAUGAAAAAUGGAAUAUAUGUUUUUUUUGUUUUAUAAAAUUAAUAAAUGUUGACCAAACCCCCACCGCCCACCACCCUUCCUCAAACCCUGGUUAAAACAUUUUUAUUUUUUUUUAACAAAUCAGUUGCAACAAAUCAGUUGCAGAAUCCAGUAUGGAAUUCCAGAAGAUGUGUUUGGUUUAUAUGUCACCACAAAGGUAAAAGAGGCUGUGUAUGUCAUGUUUAUUUUAAUGAAUGGUGUUUUUGCAGUGUGGAUGACACCAGUCAAUUAUCAGAAAAUCCGCAAAAAGUAGAAAUAAGUAAAUCUAGUAGGCUACGUAUAAUCUGGUCGCAAACCCCGCUCUCACAAAACCACCUUGGCUAUUGUGUCUUUCUCCAUAAUGUGCACUUUUGGCUGUAUGUGUAUAAAACUGGUUCCUGAUUAUUUUCUACCAGAUUUAAGAUAUUUAAAGUUCAAUAAAUCUAUAUAUAAAGAAAGAUGUAUGGGGAAAUACUGACCUUUCAAUUUAAUACUCAGUAUCUGAGUUUAGAAAUGUCUUGUUUUCAAAUGCCUUUGUAUGUGUUGUCAUUUUAGUUGCCAUUAACUUCAUUAAGUAUGCAGACUUCAUGUGUUGUGAGACUUAACCUGUUAUAUCAGAAUUAGAAAUGCACUACCCAUGCUAAUGUCUGGUCUGUCAGAAUGGACUUUGUCACAGUCGUAAUUGAGAUGAAAAAUGUGACUUCUUUAAAAAAGAGAAGAAAGGCAGUCAUGUGAUGCUCCCCUUUUUUUGGAAGCCAGUCUUUAAACGAUGAAACAAAACCCUGUUGACUUCAAAGAUGAUGCAUGAAUCUCGUUCUCCGCAGGGUCACUGGAGUUUUUUGCACGGUCUGGGACAUAAUGGGAUAUUAUGAGCCAAACUUAAGAGUGCUAAAACAUUGGCCUCCAUCCUUGUAGGAACUUAGAUGCUGACAGCCAGUCCCUCUGGCUUUAUAGUUAUUGGAGAUGGAUUUGUAACAGUAUCACAAGGUAUAACACGACAUUUAAAAACGACUUCCUCUACAAAAACAUUUAACUGAGAGAACACUGGUCUCGGUCAAUUGCUGUAUGAUUAUAUUUGCUGAGUGUUUUGUUUAAAUGUGUUUGGUGUCAUAGUGCCACUGUAGAACCACUUCUAUUGUCAGCAUUAGCAGAUGCGCUGUCCCAAAUGAGCAUGAUGGCUUUGUUUCAGGUCACCUGGUGGCUGCUUGAAAACUGACCUGUGGUACUGUGACAAAACCCAAAGCCAGUUUCACUUUUUUCUACAUUGACACAGAUUCCAAUAAAUGUAUUUUUUCACCAUGCAACAACUUGGCUUGGGUUUGUGAUUCAGUCGCGUGUGCAUGAAUAGUGUACAUGUGGCAGCGAAUGUGUGUGGAGUAAAAAGACGGUUUUGUUUUCUCAGUUCUUGCCACACUGUUUAUUUUUUCCUGACAGUUUGAUGGAGAUGUCCUUCAGAGCUGCUGCAGGGAAGGAUCUCUACAUGCGGCGUGUUUGAGUGUUGUUUGGUAUACCCAUGCGUGCACCAGUGACACCAGUGAGGACAAGUGGUGUGGAGGAAUUUUGGCCCACACGUUUUUGCAGAAUUGUUGUAAUGCAGCCACAUUGGAGGGUUUUCCUGGCAUCUCAAUAGGAUUCAUGUCAGUUCAAUCCAAAGUCUUGAUUUUGUGUUUCUUCAGCCAUUCAGAGGUGGACUUGCUGGUGUGUUUUGGAUCAUUGUCCUGCUGCAGAACCCAAGUUUGUUUCAGCUUGAGGUCACGAGCAGAUGGCCGGACAUUCUCCUUUAGGAUUUUUUGGCAGACAGCAGAAUUCAUGGUUCCAUUUAUCACAGCAAGUCUUCCAGGUCCUGAAGCAGCAAAACGGCUCCAGACCAUCACACUACCACCACCAUAUUUUACUGUUGGUAUGCUGUUUUCUGAAAUGUGGCGUUAUAUUUACACCAGAUGCAAUGGGACACACACCUUCCAAAAAGUUUAACUUUUGUCUCGUCAGACCACAGAGUAUUUUCCCAAAGGUCUUGGGGAUCAUCAGAUGUUUUCUUGAAAAACUGAGAUGAGCCUUAAUGUUCUUUUUGUUCAGCAGUGGUUUUAGUCUUGGAACUCUGCCAUGCAGGCUGUUUUUGCCCAGUGUCUUUCUUAUGGUGGAGUCAUGAACACUGAGGAAAGUGAGGCCUGCAGUUCUUUGAAUGUUGUUGUGGGGUCUUUUGUGACCUCUUGGAUGAGUCGUCACUGCGCUCUUGGGGUAAUUUUGGUUGGCUGGCCACUCCUGGGAAGGUUCACCACUGUUCCAUGUUUUCACCAUUUGUGGAUAAUGGCUCUCACUGUGGUUUACUGGAGUCCCAAAGCUUUAGAAAUGUCUUUAUAACCUUUUCCAAAUUGAUAGAGCUCAAAUUGAUCUCAGUUAUGUUUUAACUGGGGGAGGGCACUCACUCACUUCUUUUCUCCCUUAAUAAUAAAAAGUUUAAUUUAAAAACUAAAUUUUAUGUUCACUUGUGUUGUCAUUGACUAAUAUUUAAAUUAGUUUGAUGAUCUGAAACACUUAAUUGUGACAAAAUGCAAACAAAAUAAGACCUCCAGAAGGGGGUAAACACUUUUUCCACACCACUGUAAUGUAUCUUAACAGUCAAAUUCAUUCAUUCAUUCAGGUUCAUACCUUUAACCUACUGCUCUCCAGUUGUUUAAAAAGCUGGAAGGACGGCAGUGACGAGCACCUCCAAGCUCACACAAGCCCCCACCACCCAGGAUGAAGUGAGUACUGCAAGUGCUUUUUGUAUGACAUUUCUUUGUAUUUUGUUAGCAAGAAAAAUGAUGUCACAGCUACAUUAAAGACAUUACACAGGCUGUAGAAAUUUAUGAUGUAUAAUAAAUGUUUCUGCAACAUUAUUUUAUUGGCCACAUACUGACAAACACAAACUUGCAGGCGGCAUGACGCAACUCAGUGCACUCACUGUGUGCACUCAGAUGGUAGCCUGGGCUUGUGCACUAAACCAAAAGGAGACGCUUGUGGCAGCCUCAUCUCUGGUUUUGUAUCUCUGUUUGGGCAUCUCUGUGUGGAGUUUGCAUGUUCUCCUUGUGCGUGCAUGUUGUUUUCUCCAGGUUCUCCGGGUU